AUGUUGGUCGUGUGCAAGAAGUUAUUGGUCAAGCUGAAUAUCAUGUCUUUUUUUCGCCCUCGUUUUCUGCUUGCAGUCGUAGCCACAGGCGGUUCUGCCGCAGUGGUAGCGCCACUUUCCACGCCGACUAACGCCCCUCCUUCCCCCACGUCAGAUGACGUUACUGCCUCUUCUUCUGUUAGCACCCGUCCUGCUGGUGCCAACACUGCGACAUCGACGAAACUCGAUCCCUUCGCCAUCGCACUUGCGGUCAUCAUUCCUUUAGCAGUUGUCGCCCUUUUCUUCAUCAUCCGUUUCCAAUGCCGACGCCGACGGCAGGCCAAAGCAAAUUCUCAGCUCCAAAUUGUAUCCUUGUUCACGGCUGGGAAGACUUACAAGGUGGAGCUGAAGGCGAAUGGAGACGACGAUGCAACCAUCACCGAACCCGCCUUCACCUACGAUCCACAUAGCAGCCCGUGCCGCCUUGACUCGCUGAUGGUGCACAGCUCAACACCACGAUCUGAAAAAUCGAUGUAUAGACGCCCGGGGUAG